AUGGAGGCGGCGGCUCCGGAGGGUCCCGAGCCGGGGAGCGGCGGGAGCGGCGCGGAGGAACCCGUGGUGUCCCUGGCGGAGGUGCUGGCGGAGAACGAGGAACUGGAGAAGGAAGCGCGGGCCGUGCUGGGGGGCAGCGACCACGAGCGCUGCAGUUACUCACAGGGCGCGGUGAAGCGGCAGGCGCUCUACGCCUGCAGCACCUGCACCCCGCCUGGCGCCGAGCCCGCGGGCAUCUGCCUGGCCUGCAGCUACGAGUGCCACGGCACCCACCGCCUCUUCGAGCUCUACACCAAGAGGAAUUUCCGCUGUGACUGUGGAAAUAGCAAGUUCAAAAAUCUGCAGUGCAAGUUACUCCCGGAAAAGAGCAAGGUGAAUUCAGGAAAUAAAUAUAAUGACAAUUUCUAUGGAUUGUACUGUACAUGUAAAAGACCUUACCCUGAUCCUGAAGAUGAGAUUCCAGAUGAGAUGAUUCAAUGCAUAGUUUGUGAAGACUGGUUCCAUGGAAGGCAUCUCGGUGCAGUUCCCCCUGAAAGUGGAGACUUCCAUGAAAUGGUGUGCCAGGCCUGCAUGAAACGUUGCCAUUUCCUAUGGGCUUAUGCAUCACAGUUAGCAGUUCCCCCAUUGACCAAAACAAACUCCCUUGAAGAUGAAGGGAUUGUCCUAAAGGUAGAGGAAAGUGAAGAGCAGAAGAAAGAAAUAAAAAAAGAAAGUGGAGUGGAACACCAUGACACAAAGGAAGAAAAGCAAUCAGAACAAUUUAAUGAACCAUCCACUAGCUCUGGGUCUGCCUGUCCUGAGGUAGUUACUAAGAGUGAGGAGCCACUCUGCAAGCUAAAAGAGCUCCAAAGCAAGUCAUUUGUGAAAAAAGAUACUGCCACCUUUUGGCCAUCGAACUGGAGGAGCAAGUUGUGCACUUGUGAAGACUGUUUGAAAAUGUACUCAGAGCUUGAAGUCCAGUUCCUGACAGACGAAUGUGACACUGUCUUGGCUUAUGAAAAUAAGGGUACCAGUGACCAAGAGACAGAGAGGAGAGAUCCUUUAAUGGACACCCUUAACAGUAUGAACAGAGUCCAGCAAGUGGAACUUAUCUGUGAGUACAAUGAUUUAAAGACAGAACUGACUGACUAUCUCAGGAGGUUUGCAGAUGAGGGAACGGUGGUUAAAAGAGAAGACAUUCAGCACUUCUUUGAAGAAUUUCAGUCUCGGAAAAGGCGACGGACUAACAGGAUGCAGUACUACUGUAGUUAGACUGAGAGGGUUUGGGUUGAAAGGACAACUGGCAAAACAAUGUUCACUGGCAAACAGAAAAAACAUCUUCAAUUUUUGGCUUCUCAUCAAAAUCCAGCUGUCCAAGAAACAUCAUCAUUUUGUCUUAGACUUCCUUCAUUCGUAUCACCUAAAACAUAGGCUUAACAAAUCCUUUCAUUGCAGGUAGAGGGAUUUCAGUACCGGCUGGCUUUGCAUUCCCCUGAAAGCCGGCCUUGUUUCCAGGGGAGGAAGGUGUUACCGGAGCAGUGUGUCCUGCUGCUUCCCCUUGGCCUCUCCCCUGCUUACUGCCAGGGCCUGGAGCCGGGGCUGUGCUAAACCGGGGGCAGGGAACGCGCUCCCGGCUUUCCUGCUUGAAUGGCUCCGUUUGCCCCUUCGGGCUGUAGCGAUUCUGGGAGGGCCCAGCACCGAGGAGCUGCCGGUUCCUGCCCUGCCGUGGCUCCCCCGGGGCUGGGCCGGGCCUGGCUGUGGCUGAGCCCAGCGCUGCUGCCUGCCGGCUCCUGCUGGGAAAGUGCUCCCCCGGCUGCUCAUAAAUGGGAAAGCAGAGCUUAGGCUUGAUGCAAUCUGGUUUUCUACAUGUAAAAACAUAUUUAUAGUAUUGGACAGGGAUGGUUUCUCUGGUAAAAAAAUUGUCAGACGAUUUUAACUCACUCAUCGGACCAUAAACAAUAGCUAGGAGGAGGUACUAAAUUACAAACUAAAAAUGGGGGGUUGUUACGUGCUUUGAUUUUAAAAUCUAGCCUACAGCAAAUUCUACUUUACAAAUGUUGCUAAAAACACUGCAGCAUCCUGGUAUUUUGCUAUAGUAUGGAAUGUUCUUUUUAUAACCACUGAGAAUCAUGGGACAGGAGAUGUUUCACUGACAUUUAAGACUAUGCUUAGAUGCAAUUAAAAAUUAAGAUUUUGUAAGUUUGGAGCCUAAUGUAGUUAGACCCCAAAAUGUACGUUAAAGUUCUAGUUUUUGAGGAUUUCUAUAUCAUGGGGUACUAUUCUGCUUCCGUGUUAAUGGUUUUUGAAAAGCAAAGGUGACUUUUAUCAUUCUUACUAUUGACUGUUUCUGACCAUUUUAUUUACAAACAGUAGUUUAGCAUAGAUGCUCAGCUGAGCAGUUUCAUAGGACAUAGAGUAUGCUGAAUUGGAAGGGACCCAUCAGGAUCAUCACAUCCAACUCCUUGCCCUGCACAGGACACCCCAAGAGCCACACCAUGUGCCUGAGAGCAUUGUCCAAACACUUCUUGAACUCUGCCAGGCUUGGUGCUGUGACCACUUUCCUAGGGAGGCUGUUCAGUGCCCAGCCACCCUCUGGGUGAAAACCUUUUCCCUGAUAUCAAACCUGAACUGUCCCUGACACAGCUUCAGGCCAUUCCCUCAGUCCUGGCACUGGGCACCACAGUGAUGAGAUCAGUGUCUGCCCCUCCUCUUCCCCUCGUGGGAAGUUGUAACUGCAGUGGGGUCUCCCCUCAGCCUCCUCCAGGCUGAACAGACCAAGUGACCUCAGUUGCUCCUCAUACAGCUUCUCCUCAAGGUCCUCCUGGCCCUCCUCUGGACACUCUCCUAACAUCUUUGUAUGUGCUUUACAUUGUGGCACCCAGAACUGCCCCCAGCACUCGAGGUGAGGCUGCCCCAGCUCAGAGCAGAGCAGGACAAUCCCCUCCCUUGCCCAGCUGGUGAUGCUGUGCCUGCUGCCCCCAGGACAUGGGUGGCCCUCCUGACUGCCAGGGCACUGCUGGCUCACGCUCAAUGCGUCAUCGACCCCCAGGGCCCUUUCCUAGCUGCUUUUAAAUUUAACUCUGGGUAUUGUACAUGCUCUUUUUUGGUAGCAACUGUUACGGGAGCUGUAACUGCACAUCUAACUACAAUAUAAAAAAAUGAAAAGAA